GUGCUUUUAAUGCAGGAACAACUUUCAAAAAACAGGAUUAUCAUUGAUAUGGACAAGAAGGGGAAUUUAAAUGCAUCUGUUACGAGCAGCUCAGAGAGAAUAAAAAGCAAAACUAUUAUUCAGAUGGAAAAUCAGAAGAUCUAUUUGAUGCUUAACCAAUUUGUCAAAAAGAUUCCUAUUAUGGUGGUCAUGAAGGCUAUGGGAAUGGAGAGUGAUCAAGAAGUAGUACAGAUGGUUGGAAGAGAUCCUCGAUAUGCUGCCCUGCUAAUGCCAUCUAUUGAG